AAAAUUUUUAUUUACUUAUUAUUUUAAACAUGAAUUUUUCUUUUUAUUUAAAUUUCUUCGUGUUUUUUUUCCUAUUUACCGGUCUCUUGUUUGUAAAUGUAAAUACAAAAGACAUUAAAGAUAAAGAACCAAAGUUUCGUAUCGCAGAUGAAAAAAAUCACAUUGGAAAUCUUCGAGGAGUUAACGAUGAGAAUUUUCAAAGCAUAAUUACAGCAACAAAUUCAGAAGACAGACUGCAUAAAAAUGAAUUAAAGAAGAGAUCAGGUUUCAAUCACAGCUUACCCGAGCGUGAACAAGAACAUAUUGGCGAAAGAAGAAAAGAUAUACCUGUUUACAAAAAUAAAUCAUUUAGUGAUAUCAAUUCUUUUAGAUUACACGCUAAAAAAAAUGCGCGUAAGACUUUGAUUCCAAUGAAUCAAAGUGUAGCUUAUGAUACUGAAGAUAAUCAUGACGGUAUUUUACUCGAUACUGAUGAUGGUGUUGAUACUAUUCCAGAUACUAUAAGUGAGCCCGAUGAUAAAAAGGAAGAUAAUUAUGUUGAAGACGAUCACUUUGAUGAAGGCGUUCCACCUCAUUACGUUUCAAGAAGGUUCGAUGUUUAUCGUAAAACGCACAUGAACGGAUCCCCUCAUCGACACCAGCCCCAUCAUAAAGACCAUGGUUUUGUUUAUAGAAAAGGUAGUCAUAGUUUUCACUCAGGAUCAAAACGACAGUUCCUUCCCCAGUCAUGGAUACAAAACGGUGCAAAUUUUAACAGAGCUCCAGAUGAUAUGGAGAUUACACAUGCUAACCUGUUUAACAAUGUUCCUCAAGAAUAUGUUGAUGCUGACCCUGGAAAAGUUAACACGGCUGGUCCACGUGUACCCCCAGCAAACAUGGUAAAUUCUUUAGGAGAAAUAGUUGAUAUUCCUGACCAAUCAGUUAAUCCUAAUAGUGCAGCUAUUGAUGAACAAGCUGAUUCUCAACGUAAUGGUUAUUCGGUUAAAGAAAUACCGAACCAAUUAAUGAGUAGUCUUAAUCCAACGGAAUAUGCUCCAUACCAAGAUCAUGAAUUAGACCAUCAGUGGAUUGAUUAUAAACUACCUCAGCAUCAUAUUAAUCAUCACAGCCAUUUUUAUAAUCCAUGUUCACACCAUCCCUGUCUAAAUGGAGGAGAUUGUCAUUAUUCACAUGCUAGAAAAACUCAAUUCAAAUGUGUUUGCAAGAAAGGAUUUUCAGGAUAUUAUUGUGAAAAAUCAGUUUUGUCAUGUCACCCAAACCCCUGUCAACAUGGUGGCACAUGUACCAAAACAACAGAUGGCUAUUUUUGUACAUGCCCAAGUGAUUACAAAGGUCAUGAUUGUGAAACUCCUGUUGAAUGUCGUGCUGGUUUUUGUCAAAAUUCUGGGCUUUGUGUUGAAUUAGCAAAUGGGUUUAGCUGUCAAUGCCAGAAAGGGUUUAGUGGAAAAUAUUGCGAUGAAAAGCUUUCUCGAUGCAGUAGUCAACCCUGUAAAAAUGGAGGAGUUUGUAAAGAUAUUGAAGAAGAAAAUCGAUUUGAAUGUGUUUGCCUAAGCGGAUUUGGAUGUCCUGAUUGCAGCUGCCCUUCAGGAUCUGAGCAAGCAAAUAAAGCAUCAAUGAGCGCAUUAUGUCCUACAGGUUGGUGUAAAAAUGGAGGAACAUGUCUUUCAACAAAAACAGGUUUUACAUGCAAUUGUCCCACUGGAUAUCAUGGUUUAGAUUGUGCAAUUCCUGAUCUAUGCUCACCAAACCCUUGUGACAAUGGUGGAAUUUGCGUGCAAGAUGAAGAUGAAAAUUACAAGUGUAUUUGCCCUUAUGGUUUUAAAGGUGCUGAUUGUCAAACACCACUCUCUUGUCAAACCCACCCUUGUGCUAAUGGUGCUUCUUGUUCUGAAACUCUUGAUAGUUUUACUUGUAAGUGUAACCCAGGAUACAAAGGCAAAAAGUGUAAAGAAUUGAAUCCUUGUGCAAAGAAUCCGUGUCUCCACAAAUCUAUUUGUUUGGAAAAAGGUUCAUUGUAUAGUUGUCAAUGCCACAGUGGCUAUCGUGGAAAAGAUUGUCUUGAAAAAGAUCCAUGUGUACCAAAUCCAUGUGGUUCAAAUGGAAAAUGUCUAGAAAUAAGCAGUGUUAUAACAUGCAAUUGUAGUGUUGGAUGGAUGGGUGAAUCAUGUGACAUUUCUGAUCUAUGUCAAGAAAACAGGUGUUUAAAUGGUGGUACCUGUGUUCACUCAACUGAUCAAUUUAAAUGUCUUUGCCCUGAAAACUUUCAUGGUGAUAGAUGUGAACAUGAAACACCAUGUCACAUGAAUCCUUGUAUGAAUUCUGGAGUUUGUGAAGCAGUUGGGUCAACAUUUGUGUGUCGUUGCGGAAGUGGUUUUCAUGGCUCAAAAUGUCAUUUAACAAGCCAUUGCUAUCCAAACCCAUGCCACAAUGGUGGUAAAUGCUUUGAGAGUGAGGAGAGCUACAUAUGUGAAUGUCCUCAUGGUUAUAGUGGAAAGUUUUGCGAAGAACAAAAUUUUUGUUCAUCAAAUCCAUGUAUGAAUGGAGGGCGUUGUAUAGAAGAAAAUGAAUCUUUUCUUUGUCGAUGUUUAGAAGGAUUUUUUGGGCAUUUAUGUGAAGAAAACGUAUGUGAUCAUAACCCUUGUCUAAAUGGUGGUCGUUGUAUUCCAGCUAAUAAUCCACUUGGCUUUCUUUGUGAAUGCAUUUUUCCAUAUCAUGGUCAUCAUUGUGCUGAUACAGAUCCUUGUGUACCAAAUCCUUGUGCAAAUGGCGGCACUUGUCAAAGCCAUUUACCACGUUUUAAUGAUGUAAAUGAUAGAACUGUGAAUGUAGUUUCAGUAGUAGAGCCUGUUUUUAACUCAAGCAUUUUUAAUGAAAGAAAUGAACAAGGUCAAGCAGAUCUCAAUGCAAGACGUGCUGUUUCACACUUUCAUUUUAAAGACGAUGACAAGAAAGAUUCAGAUGACGAAGAUGACACAGAACUACAUCAUAAUCUACCUCGCAAUAGCCAACAAAUUUCAUUAUUUACAUCUGAAAAGCAGAUGGAGGAUUCUGAUUACGAUUUUAAUGCUAAAGGAGAUUUCAAGUCUGACGACAGUAAAAUGAAUAUGGAUAUUGAAAAGCGAACAAUUGGACUUUCUUCUAAUAAAAAGUAUCUAUAUGGAACACUUAACCAAUCUGAAAGGAUUCGUCGUAAUCAGCAUUCACCUCGCUUAUUACAUAAUUUAUUCAAACGUUAUGAUAUUUCUCGCAAUCCAAAGUUAGCAUUGCAACUGAAGAAAGUUCCGAAAAUACUUUUCACUAUUAAAAAUGCAACAACCUCCACUAUUAUAAAACGAUCGUUACAUGACCUAUAUGUUUGUCAGUGUAUUGGAGGAUACCUUGGAGCCCAUUGUCAGCAUAUGAAUCCAUGUCGGUUGUUGCCAUGCAAUAACAAUGGAACAUGUAUUCCUAAAGGAGAUCGCUAUCAGUGUCAUUGCAUCUCUGGGUAUGGAGGUUUGAAUUGUGAUGAUCCUCAUCCUUGUGAACCUAAUCCCUGUAACCAUGGCGGCAAGUGUAGCUUAAAAAAGUCUAUUCAUGGCUAUGAAUGUGAAUGUCCGUCUGGCUGGAAAGGAUUUAAUUGUGAAAUAAAAGACAGAUGUUCAUUGAGUACAAAUCCUUGCAUGCAUGGAGGGCAAUGCAUUGGAAUGGAUGAUCAUAUAGAAUGCAAGUGCAGAGCACGCUUUGAAGGACCACUUUGUGAAGUUGACAAAUGUGCAGAUUGUCACCAAUAUGCCUUUUGUCGACAUGGUCAUUGUGUUUGCAAGCCUGGUUUUGUUGGAAAUGGUUUUAAGUGCAAUGCUAUGGGAAACACUUGUCAACCAAACCCAUGUGAUAAUGGAGGUGUAUGUAAAUCAGGACAGGAUGGAAAAAUAUUUUCUUGUGAAUGCAAAGUUGGUUACGUAGGAAGCAGAUGUGAAUAUCCUAAUCCUUGUUCUGAAACGCCAUGUUUACACAAUGGUCUUUGUAUUGAUGAAUCAAACAAAAAAGAAAGAGGAGUGUCUAUUACUGGAAUCCGUGACUUCAAAUGUUUUUGCAUGCAAGGAUAUCGUGGAAAAUUUUGUGAAGAAAUUGAUCUUGCUGCAUGUAGCUCUUCUCCAUGUAUGAAUAAUGGAACAUGUUUUGAUUCUUCCAGUGAAAGUCAUAAGCUGCAUCUUAAACAUCCAGAUGAUUAUGAAUGUUUUUGUACAAGAGGGUAUGCUGGAAAAAAUUGUGAAAUUAAACGUUUUCCAUGUGAAUUACAUCCUUGUGAGAAUCAAGGGACAUGCUUAGAUUCAGAUAAUCUUCCCUUUGUAAGCUUUGAUGCUCAUGGAUAUAAAUGUAAUUGCAGUAAAGGAUAUAAAGGACGGAAUUGUGAAAUUUCCAUUAAAACACGUGGACCAUGUUAUUAUUCACCUUGUUUACAAGGUGGCCGUUGUGUUGAUUUUAUGAACAAUAAUGAUCCUGAUCUUCACAUUAUUGAUGAACAGGAAUUCAAAUGUUAUUGCAAGCCUCAAUUUAGUGGAAAAGUUUGUGAAGUUCCUUAUCCUGCGUGCUCAUCUUUUCCAUGUUAUCACAAUAGCACUUGUGUUGAUGGAACAAUAGAUCCAACUGCUAAUUUUGAUGAUACUGGUUAUCUUUGCAAAUGUACAUCUGGUUACGAUGGCAAAAAUUGUGAACGUCAAUACACUUCUCUGAGUUUAGCGGAUAUCGGUCAAGCAGAUUCCCCGUCAGAAUUUUUGUCGCAAAACCAAGCUGGUGCAAAGCAUGAGAACUCGAUAACAGGUUUUAAAGGAGACAAAGCGGUUUUAAAUGAACGUAAUGUUUUUUUGAAAACUAGAGACUCGCAAGACUUGAAAAAUGAGUUUUAUAAAAACCAAAAACAAGAACUAACUUCUGCAAGCAAUAAUGCUGGCCAAAGUAUUUCUCAACACCCAUCGUUGACUCAGUUAUCUAAAACAUCUAAAGAUGCAAUAAAUAAAGUUAAAUAUUUAAAUUUGUAUAAUGAGCGAGGCAAUCCUUUGCUCAACCCUGCUCCAACAUCUCCGUUAGUACUUAAAAAAGAAGUCCUUCAUUAUCCUGAUACUAAUGAAGAUAAUGUUUUACACGAGCAUAAUUCGGUUGAGAGAGUAGGUAAACAUAUGACGGGCUCAGUACGAACUUUUGAAAGAGCGGCUACACCUUAUGACGAUUCAACUAAAUUAGCGACUCGCGGUCUCACGGCUUCUUCAUGGCCAGUUCUAUAUAAUGAUUGGUGGAAUAAUGAAACUAAAAAAUGAGUUCAUUAAACAGCUUUUGAAACGAUUGACUGCUUUUAGUAUUUUAAAUCUGUUAAUACGGUUAUACAUACAAAAUGAAAAGCGUCCGGUGUUUAUUUUUAUUAUAAUUUGUAUUUAAAAAUUUUUAAAAAUUGGUAUUUGUGAUUUUAAGAAAGUUUAGCUGUAAAAUGUUUGUAAUAAUUUAUAAAUAUUUGUAAGCAUGUAUGUUAACUUGUAAAAUAUUUCUCUUAAGACUAUCAAAACUAUGGAUUUA